UCCCUCCCCGCGCCGCUCGCAGCCGCAGCCCCCGGACCCGGAGGAUUAUGAGCGAACCAUGAGGCGGCUGCGGCGCUGGGCGAUCGCGGCUCUGCUGCUGCUGCCGCUGCUCCCCCCGCCCGGUCUUGGGGCCCUGGGUCCUAGUGGAGCUCUGUACUGGAGGAGCUCAGCCCAGGUGAGGAGCCCAGAGAACCCAGAGGGCCCUGAGGUCACGGAGCCCAGCCGGCUGGUAAGGGAGAGCUCCGGGGGAGAGGUCCGAAGGCAGCAGCUGGACACCAGGGUUCGCCAGGAUCCGCCCAGGGGGACGCCUGUGCACCUGGCCCAGGUGAGUUUUGUUAUCCCAGCCUUCGAUUCAGACUUCACCUUGGACCUGCAGCUAAACCAUCACCUCCUGUCGUCGCAAUAUGUGGAACGCCACUUCAGCAGGGAGGGGACAACUCAGCACAGCACUGGGGCUGGAGACCACUGCUACUACCACGGGAAACUCCGGGGUAACCCACACUCCUUUGCUGCACUCUCCACCUGCCAGGGCCUGCAUGGGGUCUUCUCUGAUGGGAACGUGACUUACACUGUAGAACCCAAGGAGAUGGCUGGACCUUGGGGACCCCCACAGGGACCCCUUCCUCACCUCAUUUACCGGACCCCUCUCCUCCCAGCCCCUCUUGGGUGCAGGGAACCAGGCUGCCUGUUUACUGUCCCUGCCCAGUCUGCUCUUCCCAACUGGCCCAGGCUGAGAAGGAAAAGGCAGGUCCGCAGGGGCCACCCCACAGUGCACAGUGAGACCAAGUAUGUAGAGUUGAUUGUGAUCAACGACCACCAGCUGUUCGAGCAGAUGCGGCAGUCGGUGGUCCUCACCAGCAACUUUGCAAAGUCUGUUGUGAACCUGGCAGAUGUGAUAUACAAGGAACAGCUCAACACAAGAAUUGUACUGGUUGCCAUGGAAACAUGGGCCGAUGGGGACAAGAUCCAGGUGCAGGAUGACCUAUUGGAGACCCUGGCCCGGCUUAUGGUCUACCGGCGGGAGGGUCUGCCUGAGCCCAGUGAUGCCACCCACCUCUUCUCGGGUAGAACCUUCCAGAGCACCAGCAGUGGGGCAGCCUACGUCGGGGGCAUCUGCUCACUGUCUCGGGGUGGAGGUGUGAACGAGUAUGGCAACAUGGGUGCCAUGGCUGUGACCCUGGCCCAGACGCUAGGGCAGAACCUGGGCAUGAUGUGGAAUAAACACCGGAGCUCAGCAGGGGACUGCAAGUGUCCGGAUAUCUGGCUGGGUUGCAUCAUGGAGGACACUGGGUUCUAUUUGCCCCGCAAGUUCUCGCGCUGCAGCAUCGACGAAUACAACCAGUUUUUGCAGGAGGGAGGCGGGAGCUGCCUGUUCAACAAGCCCCUCAAGCUCCUGGACCCUCCGGAGUGCGGGAAUGGCUUCGUGGAGGCGGGGGAGGAGUGCGACUGCGGCUCGGUGCAGGAGUGUAGCCGGGCUGGUGGCAACUGCUGCAAGAAAUGCACCCUGACUCACGACGCCAUGUGCAGCGAUGGGCUCUGUUGUCGCCGCUGCAAGUACGAGCCACGAGGUGUCUCCUGCCGAGAAGCGGUGAAUGAAUGCGACAUCGCUGAGACUUGCACCGGCGACUCAAGCCAGUGUCCCCCUAACCUUCACAAGCUGGAUGGUUACUACUGUGAUCACGAGCAGGGCCGUUGCUAUGGAGGCCGCUGUAAAACCCGGGACCGGCAGUGCCAAGCCCUGUGGGGCCAUGUGGCUGCUGAUCGGUUCUGCUAUGAAAAGCUGAAUGUGGAGGGGACAGAGCGUGGGAACUGUGGGCGCAAAGGAUCCGGCUGGGUCCAGUGCAAUAAGCAGGAUGUGCUCUGUGGCUUCCUCCUGUGCGUCAACAUCUCUGGAGCUCCUCGGCUAGGGGACCUCGGGGGAGACAUCAGCAGUGUCACCUUUUACCACCAGGGCAAGGAAUUGGACUGCAGGGGAGGCCACGUGCAGCUAGCUGAUGGCUCAGACCUGAGCUACGUGGAGGACGGCACGGCCUGCGGGCCCAACAUGCUGUGCCUAGACCACCGCUGCCUACCAGCCUCUGCCUUCAACUUCAGCACCUGCCCAGGCAGCGGAGAGCACCGGAUCUGCUCUCACCACGGGGUUUGCAGCAACGAAGGGAAGUGCAUCUGUCAGCCAGACUGGACGGGCAAAGACUGUAGUAUUCACAACCCACUGCCCACGUCCCCUCCCACCGGGGAGACUGAGAGAUACAAAGGUCCCAGCGGUACCAACAUCAUCAUUGGCUCCAUCGCCGGGGCUGUCCUGGUUGCAGCCAUCGUUCUGGGCGGCACGGGCUGGGGAUUUAAAAACAUCCGUCGUGGAAGGUAUGACCCGACCCAGCAGGGGGCAGUGUGAUGCCGGCCACGUCAUUCCUCCCGCUGUUCUUGUCUCCAUUUCAUCCGUCCUCUUGCAUUCUGUUGACCUGGAGCUGGGACCGAUCUGAUUCCCACCCCCACCCCGCCCCCCUGCAAGCAACCCUGCAGGCAGCCUGGGAGUCUGCAACCUGCUCUGGCCCUUCCUCCUGCCCACCCGCCUGUUGGGCCCUGGUCCACCUUCAGCUGUCCUUUCUACAGCCAGGUCCCAUGGCCGGGUGGGCGCGGGAACUGUGGCCUCCCUCUGCGUCCUGC